AUGGGUUCGCUGUGUUGUCGACCGGCAACUGUACAUGAUGAGCCAACUACAUCCGUAAUUAUACCAAGGUCACAUGAUAUUGAUCCUAUUGGUCAUUUAUUAGUAUUUAUCAAUCCAAAUUCAGGGUCAGGGAAAGGAGUAAAAAUCUUCAAAAAGAGAGUAGCUAGUCAGUUUGAAAAGAAUAAUAUUUCUUAUGAGCUUAUUAUAACAAACGGGCCAAACCAUGCACGAAAUGUCGUUCUUACACAUGCAAACCUCCAUAAGUUCAAUGGAAUUGUUAUUUUAUCUGGUGACGGUCUUGUUUUUGAAGUAGUUAAUGGUCUUUCGGAAAGGUCAGAUGCUGUCAAAGUUGUACCUUCUAUGCCUAUUGGAAUUAUUCCUUCCGGAUCUGGCAAUGGAAUGUUAUCUUCAGUUUUUGUCACAAAAGGGUGGACUUUAAAAAAUCCAGGCUUUUUGAAACAAUCAGUUGUUGUCGCAACGGGUGUGAAACCGGAAGCUCAACCUGUCAACUUACUUCAUGUCCAAACUGAGAGGAAAAAUGUCGCAGCUUUUCUAAGCAUUGGAUGGGGAAUAAUGGCUGACAUAGAUAUAGAGAGCGAACGUUUCCGUUCUUCAUUAGGAUCUCAAAGAUUCGUAGCUGGAGCGAUCAUUCGUUGUUUGAGCUUGAGAAGCUAUCCAGGUCGUCUCAGUUAUAAGCCAUAUGCUGGCAAGGCUAAUUUCUCACAAACCCCUCCAUUCGAAGUUUAUGGUACUUCAAGAUGUGACAUGCUAUCAGUUGAAACAGAUAAUUCAAUGAGAUGCGAAACACCAGAACGAAGAUCAAAAGACAACUUUUGGAGAGAGAGACACUUGAUAAACGUUCCAGAUUUGGAAGAUACUCUCCCGGAUGAUUGGAUUUCAAUUGAGGAUGAGUUUAUAGGCGUCUAUGCGAUGAGUCUAUCUCAUAUUGCAACCGAUGGACCAUAUAUGCCUUUAGCCAAACUUGAUGAUGACAGAAUAUAUUUAACUUUUGUUAUGAAGAAAGACAUCAAAGGCAAAUUCGAUAUGUUCAAAAUGUUAUCUGCAAUUGAAACUGCUAAGCAUCUCGAGUUAGGUUUCGUUAAAUGCAUCCAAGUAUCGGCUUUCCGGCUAGAAACUCUGGAUCAAAAGUCAGUAAUUGUAGUGGAUGGAGAAGUGAUGGACGCCCGUAAACUCCAAGUAACGUCCACCAAUUUGAAAACCGCAGUGUUCACUUGA